AUUCCAAAGACAAACAUGGAGAAGGUUUGCGAGAUUGCAAAUUCCCAGCUGCGCGAGGAGAGCCUGGAGACGAGGCGCCAAGUCAGCAACACUCAGCAACAUGCAGCGCCUGAGGAGAGCCUGGGCCAGGUCUUGUCCCUCCCUGGGGAUGUGCUGCCACCACUCCCUGGCCAACAGAACUUGCAGGGCACUGGCAGCCAUCCGACCCCUGCGCCAGCCAAGAUGGAGCCUCCGCAGGGGCUGGAGAGGAGCGGCCAGGCGUGCCCCAAGCUCAGGGCUUCAUGUGGCAAAGCCACCCUGCCAUGGCAGCUGCACAGCCUGGAGGAGAAGGAGCUCCCACAGCAGGAGGGCCAGGACCAUCUUGCCUCCCUGAUAUGGCCUGAUGGCAGAGCUGGGCAGGGAAACCCAAAGUUGGACGUUGGGAAGCCAGUGCUGACCGGCCUGGAGGGACUGGAAGCCGUCCUAGGCCAUCAGAAGGUGCUGGAAUGGCUUGAAGCCCAUUUCCCCACUGAGACCUGGGCCUUGACCAUGAAGGGGGAAGACUGGGACUACACAGUUGACAAUGGGCUGUCCCGUGGGCUGCGGCAAGAGGACCUGCAACAUCCAGUGUCUCCAGCUCCACCUGGUCCCAACAACACCGAGGACGAGCCAGUCAUGUCCCAAAGUCCAGCGCUGCCCCAGUGGGGACAGGCCUGGCCCAGCCGUCCCAGCGAGCAGCACCCAGGCCAGGCCGGCACAGCCACAACCACCAUCACUGGCUACGCACUGCCCGCUCUGCCCUGGGAAGAGCCCUUGGCGGCAGUGCUGCAGGCAGGAGCUUACCUGUUGCCUGCACAGCCCCUUGGCCACGGAGCUCCUUCUCCCACAGCUACUCCCGGCCUGGCGCGACGCCAGCCACGCUCCCUGCUCGGGAGGGUGCUCAGGGCUGUGCGCAGGCUGUUCCUUGGCACCUGUGUGCCCCGAGAGCAGGAGCAGCAGCGCCGGGCUGAGAGCGCGGCACAGGGAGGUACCCGAGCCAUGGCUGCAGGGACAGUGCCUCAGGCAUUUGGCUGCCCCAAGCGCGCCCUGCCAGACUGGGCUUACCCAGUGAUACCUGUGACCAGCCUAUGAUUCCCCUAAAGACACCUUGGGACUGAGGCUGGUUCACAGUUUUAUCACAGUUUCACAAUAGAUAGAUAGAUUAGAUAGAUUAUAAGAUAAAUAGAUUCUACAGAUUAUAAAAGAGAUAGAUUAUAUAGAUUAUAAGAU